AUGGCCACGGAAAUGCUGUCAGUCACGGCACCUGCCUAUACCGACCCAUCCAAAUACGAGCUCUCGACAGUCUUAUGUCCACACGUCACAGAAGAAAAGGAUGUUGUUAUACGGGUUCAUGCAGCGAGUGUUAAUCCUGUGGAUGUGAAGAAAGCAGGAGGAGUUUUUAAGAUGGCGGUAAAAGAGACGUUCCCAUAUAUGAUCGGCUAUGACGCAUCCGGAGUAGUUGUGGCGGUUGGGAAGGAGGUGAAAAGCCUGAAAGUUGGGGAUGAGGUCUAUACGAGGUUACCAGAGGCCAAUCGAGGUGCAUGGAGUGAAUAUGCCAAAUGUCCAGAGCGCUACAUUGCCCUGAAGCCCAAGAAUCUCUCCUUUGAUGAUGCGGCCGCGUUGCCACUUGCGGGCGUCACAGCGCUGCAGGUAUUGAAGAAAUACGAGGGCUCGUUGGAGGGUAAAACAGUCUUUAUUCCCUCUGGAUUAAGUGGUACAGGUGCAUUUGCAUGCCAACUGGCUAAGAAUGUGUUCCAUGCCGGCAAAGUCAUCACCACGGUUUCGACAUCAAAGAUUCCUCUAGUUCCUCAACUGCUUGGGGAAGGUGUUGUUGACGAAAUCAUUGACUACACCAAAAGUGAUCCCAUAGAUAUCAUUCCGCCGCGCUCUAUCGACUUCAUGUUCGAUACCACAGGCGAGGCUAUGGUGUUUCUCUCCCGGAUGGUCCCUAAAACGGGACUCAUUGUCUCCAUUUCCACAAAACCCUCGGCUACCACUCUUCAAGCCUCGAGCGUCAUGCAGCGGCCCGACAACCCUCGCAUCCCGUUGGCGGGGCGUGUGUUUCUCAAUGCAGGUGACGCAGUGCGUAGAUUACGAGCAUGGCGUUGGGAUGUGGCGUAUAUGUACUGGUUCCUAGACCCGAAUGGAAAGGAUCUGGAUACACUCCGGCAGUGA